AGGAGCGAUCGAUCGAUCCCAGCGCAAUGGCGCUUGUCCUCGUGCGCUCCACGGCAGUGCUCGCGCUUCUGCUUCUUCUAGUGAUCUGCAUUGAGUCGACAUCGCGCGGGGGAGUUCAAAAUCCGAUAUAUCGCUCCUGGCAGAUCAUCGGCAGCGGCAACAGAAGAUUUCUACUCCGGGAAUCGAUAUCUGCGAGCUUCUCAACGCCCUUCCACUUGGGCUGCCCUGCGGGCAAUUGCCGCAGCAUGCAAGCCUCGGUGCCUCACGAUUCCUUCGCGGCCUCCGACCGACUAGUGCCCUCCGGCCCGGAUCCUCUGCAUCAUCGGAUCAGAGUCCACAAUUGAGGCGUUCUCUUCUUCUCUUCCUUCUGGGGAUCUCAUCUCCCUCGAGUAGCUGCAGCCUUUCUCUCUCGCCACGAGUGAUCAGUUUUGGACAGAAUGAGACGCUGCUCUCCAUGGGUGUGAUCAGGAAAAAUCUUUGGCUUGUCCUUGGGAAUUCGCUGCUCGUCCUUGAGGGGGAAGUUAAUUCGAACUGUCGCGCAGGCAGCCACGGUGUGUUAAUAAUAUCUGUGUCCUUUUGGAGACGCUGUUGCUCAUCAAUGGCACCGAAAUUUUCCCCAA